GGGGACGUUGACAAGUGGAUCCAAGAUGGCGUAGAAAGUAAUGACAGGAAUUGGAUGAAGUAAUUGAUCACUAAUGAACUACAGUGCUGGUGAGAUGUGCAAGAAAUUAUAAAGAGCUCUGAUGGGCUAUUUGGGUGAUGAUACCCAGUGCAGUGAACUGCAGGGCCAUGUCUUGUAUAGUACCAACAGUUUGGAAGUUGAAGGGCUGUACCUACUUCUGAUGCCUCUCAGCCUGCACUGCUGCUUAUUGAGGGCAGGUUGUCAAGACUGGGGCUGCGGAUGCCAGCCAAGAGCAUUUCUGUAGGCUGAGGAGGAUUUUUGUCCCUGAGUCAUGGAAGACAGAAGAGCUGAAAAGUCAUGUGAACAAGCGUGUGAGUCCCUGAAGAGGCAGGACUAUGACAUGGCCCUCCAGCACUGCACAGAGGCCCUGCUUUCCCUUGGCCAGUACUCCAUGGCAGACUUCGCAGGGCCGUGUCCACUGGAUAUAGAGCGUAUCAAAAUCGAGAGUCUUCUUUACAGAAUUGCCUCAUUCUUGCAACUGAAAAACUACGGGCAAGCUGAUGAAGAUUGUAGGCAUGUACUGGGGGAAGAACUGGCCAAGGGAGAGGGUGCCUUCCGGGCGGUGCUGUGCUGCAUGCAGCUCAAAGGGAAGCUCCAGCUUGUGUCCUCCAUCCUUGCCAAGUCACUAUCAGGAGAGUCUCUGAAUGGGAUGGUAACGAAAGAUUUGACAAGACUCAAGACACUUCUCGCAGAGACGGAGACAGCAACAAGUAAUGUCCUCUCUGGAUGUCAUGUGGAAGACUUAGAUGAAGGGUCUUGUAACGGUUGGCAUUUCCGCCCGCCACCCAGGGGAAUCACAAGCAGCGAGGAAUAUACUUUGUGUAAAAGGUUUUUAGAGCAAGGAAUCUGUAGGUAUGGUGCCCAGUGUACUUCAGCACAUUCCCAGGAAGAAUUAGCAGAGUGGCAGAAAAGAUACGCCUCCCGGUUAAUAAAACUGAAGCAGCAAAAUGAGAACAAACAGCUCUCAGGCAGCUACAUGGAAACCUUGAUAGAGAAGUGGAUGAGCUCACUGUCUCCUGAGAAAGUGCUUAGCGAAUGCAUAGAGGGAGUUCAGGUGGAGCACAACCCUGACCUGUCGGUCACCGUCAACACCAAAAAAUCUCACCAGACAUGGACUUUUGCUCUGACCUGUAAGCCUGCAAGAAUGCUGUAUCGGGUAGCAUUGCUUUAUGAUGCUCAUCGUCCUCAUUUUAGUAUCAUUGCCAUAUCUGCCGGAGAUAGUACUACCCAGGUAUCACAAGAAGUCCCUGAAAACUGUCAAGAAUGGAUAGGAGGAAAGAUGGCCCAAAAUGGAUUAGAUCAUUACGUGUAUAAAGUCGGGAUAGCAUUUAACACAGAAAUAUUUGGAACUUUUCGCCAAACCAUAGUUUUCGACUUUGGAUUGGAGCCAGUACUCAUGCAAAGAGUAAUGAUUGAUGCAGCUUCUACAGAAGAUCUUGAAUAUCUGAUGCAUGCAAAACAGCAGCUGGUAACCACAGCCAAGCGCUGGGAUUCUUCUUCUAAGACUAUUGUAGAUUUUGAACCUAAUGAAACUACUGACUUGGAGAAGAGCCUUCUGAUCAGAUACCAAAUUCCUCUUUCUGCUGACCAGCUGUUUACACAGUCCGUUUUAGACAAAUCAUUGACCAAGGCUAACUAUCAGUCACGGUUGCAUGACCUGCUUUAUAUUGAAGAGAUAGCCCAGUAUAAAGAAAUCAGCAAGUUCAACCUUAAAGUGCAAUUGCAGAUUUUAGCAAGCUUCAUGCUCACUGGAGUUUCUGGGGGUGCAAAGUAUGCUCAGAAUGGACAACUUUUUGGUCGUUUUAAGCUUACUGAAACCCUUUCUGAAGAUACUUUGGCUGGAAGACUGGUGAUGACCAAAGUCAAUGCUGUUUAUUUAUUACCAGUCCCUAAAGAGAAGCUAGUACAGACCCAGGGAACCAAAGAGAAGGUUUAUGAAGCUACUAUUGAAGAAAAAACAAAAGAGUAUAUAUUUUUAAGGAUAUCCAGGGAAUGCUGUGAAGAGCUUAAUCUUCGGCCUGACUGUGACACACAGGUCGAGCUUCAGUUUCAGUUGAAUCGAUUACCCCUCUGUGAAAUGCAUUAUGCACUAGACAGGAUUAAGGACAAUGGUGUUUUGUUUCCAGACAUCAGUAUGACUCCUACCAUACCUUGGAGUCCUAACAGACAAUGGGAUGAGCAGUUGGAUCCUCGGCUAAAUGCAAAACAGAAGGAAGCUGUUCUGGCCAUCACCACGCCGCUCUCCAUCCAGCUGCCGCCCGUCCUCAUCAUCGGACCCUAUGGGACAGGCAAAACCUUCACACUGGCUCAGGCCGUCAAGCACAUACUGCAGCAGCAGGAGACGAGCAGGAUUCUCAUUUGCACCCAUUCUAAUAGUGCUGCUGACCUCUACAUAAAGGAUUAUUUACAUCCAUAUGUAGAAGCAGGCAAUCCCCAGGCAAGACCUCUCAGGGUGUACUUUCGGAACCGCUGGGUGAAGACUGUCCACCCGCUUGUGCACCAGUACUGUUUGAUCUCAAGUGCACAUUCCACCUUUCAGAUGCCCCAGAAGGAGGACAUUCUUAAACAUCGAGUGCUGGUGGUCACCCUGAACACUUCCCAGUACCUCUGCCAGCUGGACCUUGAGCCCGGGGUUUUUACGCACAUUCUGUUAGAUGAAGCUGCCCAGGCCAUGGAGUGCGAGACCAUUAUGCCUCUAGCCUUGGCAACGAAAGACACGCGGAUUGUUUUGGCUGGUGAUCAUAUGCAGCUCAGUCCUUUUGUUUACAGCGAGUUUGCCAGGGAGAGAAACCUUCACGUUUCAUUACUUGAUCGACUCUACGAGCAUUACCCUGCCGAGUUUCCAUGUAGGAUCCUCCUCUGUGAGAACUACCGCUCCCAUGAAGCUAUCAUCAACUAUACCUCUGAGCUUUUCUACGAGGGUAAACUGAUGGCCAGUGGAAAGCAGCCAGCACACAAGGACUUCUACCCACUAACGUUUUUUACUGCACGAGGGGAAGACGUACAAGAAAAAAAUAGCACAGCCUUUUAUAACAAUGCAGAGGUAUUUGAAGUGGUGGAGCGUGUGGAAGAGCUAAGAAGGAAGUGGCCAGUUGCCUGGGGGAAGUUAGAUGAUGGCAGUAUUGGUGUGGUGACUCCAUAUGCUGACCAGGUCUUUAGGAUCCGUGCUGAACUUCGGAAAAAGAGACUCUCUGAUGUGAAUGUAGAAAGGGUGCUGAAUGUUCAAGGAAAGCAAUUCAGAGUUCUGUUUCUUAGCACAGUACGUACACGCCACACUUGCAAGCAUAAGCAGACACCGAUUAAAAAGAAAGAGCAACUUCUGGAAGACUCCACUGAAGACUUGGAUUAUGGUUUUUUGUCUAACUACAAACUUCUCAAUACUGCCAUCACAAGAGCACAGUCCCUGGUUGCUGUGGUGGGAGACCCCGUUGCUUUGUGCUCUAUUGGAAGGUGUAGGAAGUUUUGGGAGCGAUUUAUUGCCCUGUGUCAUGAAAAUCAUAGCCUACACGGGAUCACAUUUGAUCAGAUCAAGGCACAGUUAGAGGCUUUAGAACUCAAGAAGACAUAUGUGUUGAAUCCACUGGCUCCUGAAUUUAUUCCCCGGGCUUUACGACUGCAGCAUUCAGGCAACAGCAGCAGACAGCAGCAGUCACCACCCAAGGGGAAAAGCCUUCAUCAUCCCCAGAGCGACCACUUCCAGAAUGAUGGUGUUGUUCAGCCCAAUCCUUCUGUACUCAUUGGCAAUCCUAUUAGAGCAUUUACUCCUCCACCCCCUCUUGGACCUCACCCAAGUUUGGGAAAGUCUCCAAGCCCCGUUCAAAGAAUAGAUCCUCACACCGGGACAAGUAUUCUUUAUGUACCUGCUGUCUAUGGAGGGAAUGUGGUCAUGUCGGUGCCUUUGCCUGUGCCAUGGACAGGAUACCAGGGUAGGUUUGCAGUUGAUCCUAGGAUUAUUACACACCCAGCAGCGAUGGCCUACAAUAUGAACCUAUUACAUACACAUGGACGUGGAUCGCCGAUCCCCUAUGGCCUUGGACAUCACCCACCUGUCAACAUAGGGCAGCCGCAGAAUCAGCAUGCAGAGAAGGAUCAACAGGAGCAAAAUCGAAACGGUAAAACUGAUACAAAUAACCCUGGACCUGAAAUUAAUAAGAUCCGAACACCAGAGAAAAAGCCUACAGAGCCCAAACAGGUUGAUUUGGAAUCAAAUCCACAGAACAGAAGUCCUGAAUCCCGUCCCAGCGUUGUUUAUUCCAAUAUCAAAUUUCCUCGAAAAGAUAAUCUCAACCCAAGACACAUAAAUCUUCCUCUUCCUGCACCACACGCACAGUAUGCAAUCCCUGGCCGCCAUUUUCACCCGCUUCCUCAGCUACCCAGGCCACCAUUUCCCAUUCCCCAGCAGCAUACCUUGUUAAAUCAACAGCAGAAUAAUUUGCCUGAACAACCAAAUCAGGUGGCACCCCAGCCAAAUCAAGUGGCACCUCAGCCAAAUCAGGUGGCACCCCAGACAAAUCAGGUGGUCCAGCAGCAAAGCCAGGCACCACCACAGGCCCCGCAGCCACUGCCUCAACUCUCUCCUGCAUUUCAGGCAGGGUCCACCAGUGCGUUUUUCAAUAAUGCAGCUGCUCACAGACCACAGUCUCCUCCUGCUGCAGAGGCUGUGGUUCCCGAGCAGCAGCCACCUCCCGUGCUUCCUGACGGCCACAGUCCGCUGAGAGCCAUCACACAGCCUGGUCCCAUCCUGGCAUCUCCUCUGAACAACUUUGUUGAUGAGAGCUCCCCAGGAUUGCCUAUAGGAGAUGCUUUGGAUCGAGUGCAUGGAAGUGUAGCUCUGGAGACACUGAGGCAGCAGCAGGCUCGGCUGCAGCAGUGGAGGGAACAGCAUGCCUAUCUCAGUCAAGGCAGCAUCCCGCAUCCACACCAUCACCAUCCUCACCUCCCGCAUCUUCCCCAGCCACCCCUUGGCCUCCACCAGCCAGCAGUGAGGGCAGAGUGGAAACUCGCUGGCAGAGUUGAGGAUGAAGCAGAGACACCGUUCUCAAGGUUUCAGGACUUACUCAGAGAGCUGUCUCAUCGUGAUCAAGGUGACACUAGAGAACAGGCUGAAAUGCCACCACCUCAGUCAAGACUUUUGCAAUACAGACAAGUUCAGACCAGAAGCCCACCAGCAGUCCCGUCUCCCCCUUCCACCACAGACCUCAGCAGCCACUUUGCUAACUUCAGCGACAACAGCAGAGACAUUGAAGUAGCCAACAACCCAGCAUUCCCACAGCGCCUCCCACCUCAGCUCUUCGGCUCCCCCUUUUCGUUGCCAUCUGAACACCUUGCCCCACCUCCCCUGAAAUACCUGGCUCCUGAAGGAGCGUGGAAUUUUGCUAACUUGCAACAGAAUCACUUAAUAGGGCCGGGUUUUCCCUAUGGCCUACCUCCAUUGCCUCCCAGGCCACCGCAGAACCCUUUUGUACACAUCCAGAACCAUCAACAUGCUGUUGGUCAAGAGCCAUUUCACCCACUGUCAUCUCGCACAGUGUCGUCUUCUUCGCUCCCCAGCCUAGAAGAGUAUGAGCCCAGAGGACCUGGUCGGCCCUUGUACCAAAGAAGAAUUUCAUCUAGCUCAGCCCAGCCUUGUGUGGAAGAGGCAAGUACUCCACAAGGCAGCCUGGCUCAGGGCAAAGAACUGCAGGACCGCAAUCGCCCGCCUGCUUUCAGCUUCCCAGCCCCUGAGUCCUGGGCCAAUACCACCUCACCUGCCCCCUACCAGAACAUUCCGUGCAAUGGACCCAGCAGGACAGCCCAGCCCAGAGAGUUGAUAGCACCACCCAAGACUGUCAAGCCCGCUGAGGAUCAGCUGAAGCCUGAAGGCACGGAAGUGUCCAGUUCCUUCAACUACACGGUGCUGCAGCACCUUGGCCAGUUCCCACCCCUCCUGCCCAACAAGCAGAUCGCAGAGUCGGCCAACAGCAGCAGCCAGCAGAGCCCGGCAGGGAGCAAGCCCGCCAUGUCCUAUGCCAGCGCGCUGCGGGCCCCGCCCAAGCCCAGACCGCCACCCGAGCAGGCCAAGAAGGGCAGCGACCCUCUGUCCCUGUUCCAGGAGCUCAGCCUGGGCAGCAGCCCGGGCAGCAACGGCUUCUACUCCUACUUCAAGUGACAGCACGCACUCUCAGAGUGUUGAGGUCGAGUUUGUCGUAGGGUUGAGGUGGCAGGUUCCUCUGUGCACAGUCUCUGCGUAAUGUUGACCGCGCGCUCACUCGGCCCCCUUGCUGCUAGACCUGCGCCUAAGUUUAAAAGUAUAUUCCAUUACUUUGCAUUUUUGAUGUGAGUCAGAACUUUGACAGCUUUUAUGUAGAAUAAAAAUAUUUUUAAAUUUGUGUAUUGUUACAUAUGUUUGCAUCAAGCUAGCAGCUAAGAGGUUAAUUGUGCAACUAUUAAAAAAAAGAAAAAGAAAAAAAAUUUGUCUAAAAUGUAUUUAAAAAGAAAAAAAUGUUAAGUAGCAUUUACAUUUAUUCAAUAAUAUUACCACAUGCUGGGUUUCUGUACCAGAAAUGGCCAGUUGUUGUACAAAUGUAUGUUAUUUUUGCUUAAAUUCAUUUAAAAUUUUUUUUUAAAUAAAGGGGCAGCAUCUUCUAAAUACUUUAUCAGCUUUUUUUUUUUUUUUUUUUUUUUUUUUUUUUUUUGGUGACAGGAUGCUGUAUUCUAAAACUUUCAGAGUUUUAGAUUAUCUGUGACAUGCUGUUCUCUCCAUCAGCGUAGGGUAAAGGUCAAGGCCUUCUUUGCCCGUGUAUUCUGUAUGCCAUUGGGUUUUGAAAUGUGGGAAAAAAAAGAAAAAAGAAAGAAAAAAGAAAAAAAAGAAGAAAACAAAAACAACAACAACAACAACAAAAAAAUCAGCAACCCCAAACCCAGUGGCAUAUUUAUUAGUUUUGUUGUUUUGGUUUUUUGGAGAAGGAACACUUACAGCUUGUUUUUAAUGUUAAUUUGAUAGUGUGGUUUUGUUGUUGUUUUUGUUUUUUUGUUUUUGUUUGUUUUUUAAACAAAUCAUGAAGCUGAAAAAUUUUUAGGAUUGUUGGUGCUUAGUAGACUUGAUAACUAUUUUAAAACUGCGUGAAUUUAGUGAAAAAAAAUCUUCUUUCUCAUUCUGCAUGUGUAAGUGUUUGUAGCCUGGCCCCUCCUCCAGGGCAAAAAGAACUGUGCCGACUAAAGGUUUGGGUUUCUUUUCCUCCAGUGAAAAUUUUGGUACCUUAUUUGAUGUUUACAUUAAGAUAUGACAUUACACAUGGCAAUUCUAAUAUUUUUCUAGUUGUUCUGUGUGAGGAAGAUCAUAAAAGAAAAAAACAGUGUUUGUCCAAAAAUCGAUCAAAUCUAGGGCAUGUUUCGUAUCUUUUGAUUCUUCAGAAAUUCCCCCUUGAACUCAGUAAACAUAAGAAAUUUAAACAACUGUCUGCAGUAGUCUGCAGCCUGACAGUUGUUUUGAAUGAACAUGGAAAGGGAGGAAGAGGCCGUCCUUUCCAUGUGUUCUUUGACACAUUUGAAGUAAUGAAUGUCCUUAUCGGCUCCUGAUCCUGUAGCUCUGAUCUUAUAUUUCUGAGAUAUCUUGAGACUAUAAUAUAUCUUUUUUUUUUUUCUUUUUAAAUUAAGAUGAGGCCAGGGGAUAUUUCAAAAGAGCCCACCUUCCUGAUGAUCAUUCGAGCACAGUUUUCUGGAAGACUCUUUUGAGAGAACUUUUUUAACUGGGUUGAAAGCGGCAAGGGGAAGGUAGAAUUACUACAUCUGUAUGAGUAGGGGUUAGUCUGUGGCAGCCAUCUAUGGCCUCCUGGAGCCCCUAGACAAUGUGGGAUAAAAGGCUGUGUUGGUUAAGGGCUAGCCAACUCUAGGACCAGUGAUGCAGCCUCUGAUUCAGUUCCACCUUUGUGCUCAGGGCUGAGCCAUUGGUACCUGACUUCCUGUCUCAGGCUGACCACCUCUUUUGAGGUGGCAGAUGUGGACCCACAAACUGGAGAUGUGUUAAUGGAUAGUACAAAUCACAGCAGGAGAGUGGAUCUAGUGAACAAGGGUACCACACUCUCUGCAUGAUGUGACAUCAUCACAUAUUGCUGGGCAUGUUUUAGGCUGAACAAGACAACUUUUGCCACAGGGCUCUGUGUUUUCUAACUCUGUGCCCACACAAGAAGUAGGACUCCCCCAUGAUGAGGCUGUAUGUCCCAUCGGUGAGAGCCCCCACCUCCACACAUGCAGACACACAGGACAGCAGCACACGCUGGGCAAGUGUUCAGAGCCAUUUUGCUAAUUCAGACAGAACUAUACUGUUUUGGUUCCCCUCUCAUGAGCAGAUUAUUGCCUAGUUUUCUGUUUCUCAUACUUGAACCUUUAAAAAAAUAUCAGUUUUUAAAUUAUUUAUGUUUAGUUAAAGUCACAUGUGCUAUGCCCUAUCAUCUUAUAUAAAAACACUGAUGGUGGGACACUUUGGACGAGGAACCCAUCAGAAUGCAGUGACAUCCUCAAAGUGAUUAUUUCUAAGAAAUGACACUAGCUACUUAUUUGUGACUGCUGCGUUGUGAAUGUCUGAGUAUUCCCAUCUCUUUCUUGAUUCUGCAGCUAGUAGAGGAUUUGUCUCCGUGUUUUCCUAUUCUGCAUACAGGCUUAUUUUAGUCCUGCUCCCCGAUUUCCAGUGUCUGUCUUCCCAUCAGGGCUCAAAGGAGCCUGUUACUCAUGACCAGCAGCAUUUUAUAACAGUCUUCGGCAGAUCCCACCAGAAGAACCAUUGUGAGUUCUCCCUGCUGGCCCUUCGCUGUUACUUGGCUAGUAUUAGCAGGGUUAGUCACUGUCAUGAAAAUAGCUUAUUUCAUUUCUCAGAUUCAACUUUAGAGCUCAGACGGAACAUACACACACAUGUGUGUGUGUGUGUGAUAUAUAUAUAUGUGUGUGUGUGUUUGUUUACAUACAUAAGCACACCCUCUUUUUUUGUUUUUUUUUUAAGAAAACUUGAUAACUCUGUGAUGCCCUUUUCUUCUGGAUGGAUUUCUCUUGAGGUCAUUUUAUGAUUUCUUUUUCUUUUGUUCAGUGGAGUUUCCCUGUCCCUGCCAGUACUAAUUUUAGUCAUUUCACUACAACUUGAAGUAUUUCUUUCCCUCCUCUCCCUUCCUUCCUGCAUCUUUUUCUUUCUUUCAUUCUUUUAUGUGAUCAUUCAUAGUGUUCAUGCUAAGUUUGAUCCCCCUUCCCCUCUUGAUUGAAAAAUAAGUUCCUGUUGAGAGUUGAUCAACCUCAUUCACUGUAUCCUGGAUUUUUUCCUGGUGUGUUUUUCAAAGAAGUCCAUUCUAGCUCUGCCAUUGCUAUAAUAUCUUGUCCUUGCUCAAUCAGUAGUUAAUUAUUGACCAUUCAAACUAAUGACCUCGGUCUUCCUGUCUUGACACAGACAUGCUUUCGGUGUGGGCAGGCUAUGUUGUAUGAGGAAAACAUCAAACUGUCUAGUGUGGGUUCUUUUGCUUUUGUUUCAUUCUAAUUAAGAUUCUGGGAUAAGUUCAGGUUUGGUCUGAGCAUCAACUGAUCUUUUCUGCUCAGAGAACUGCAGGGUAAGUAAAAUAAGCAGAAAUCUUGUGGAAUAAGCAUUACCCAAUUAAACACAGCAGCCUCUAAAGCCUGCGUAUGUAAGAGGUUUCCUUGUUUCUGAAGGCAUUGAAGUCCUGAAGAAGCUGUGUCUUUCUAACCUUGAGCUCGUAUGUUGUGUUAUGUUGCCUAGUGUGGUUGAUAGUUCUGUUUGAUAUGUUUCAUUUGGAGAGCAAACUGAAAACAUAAAAGAACAUAUCUCUAGCCACUGUGACUAAGAGCCAGGAUAUGAAAACAAUUUUAGGUUAAAUCUGAGUAUUUCAACUAUGGUCGUGGAAAGAGUUAGAUUUCCUAAAAUAGUUGAUUUUUUUUAGGAGAAAAAUCAUUGUGUGAAAGAAUCAUUGCAUAGUGGAAAGUUUUGUUAAUAGAAAAAUUCUAUAAAAACAUAAGAUUAAAACUUCCCAUAUAGUAAAAUAUAUACAUUACUGCUUUAAAAUAUUUAGGCUGUUCAUCCCUUCCCACCCACCUCUCCACUUCCUCAUGGCUAAGCUUGUCUUUUCUUAUCAAAUAGACAAUGUUUUUCUUGCCUUCCCCUCAACAUAUGAAGACCAUGCUUCUACCAUCACCCUGUGUGUCUUUUUCUUCUGGGUACAAAUGUCCUGGGAGAUCUCCCUUGUCCUUUGAUCGAUAUUCAAACUGCCUAGAAAUGAGAAGAAGUGUGAGUGAUGCUUUAGCUAGGACCUCUUGUUCAGCAUAGCCCUCCGGAUGUCCCCCACGGUAUCAUGUACCCAGACGAAGUAUGCAUCAUGUCGGCUUCUUCACAUUUCCCUCUGAGACUUGACAGCAAGGCUGCUAAGUUCACACUCGCCAGUUUCAUCCCUGUUUAAUUAGCAACCCCAAGACCACUGAAAGGGGGAGAUUUUUGCUAGCAUUUGACAUUCUAAUAAGAUACCAGAAAGUGGUAUUAUGUCAACAGCUCUAGGCUAGAAUAUCAGGUUAGACAGGUUUUUUUUUUUUUUAAGUUUUAGUGUAACAUUCAGACAUUUGAACCUACUGAAAUUACCUACUCAUGAGUGAUCUUUAAAAAAACCCUCCCUGUUUAAAAAAUGUUUUGUAAGGGAGGUACCUAAUAGAAUCGAGACUUCAGCUUGUAAGCCUUGGGGAAGUCCCAGCCCGUUUAUACAGGGGUAGCCUGAAGCUUUCUGAAAUGGGUUUCCAGAGAAAGCCUUGUAGUUUCAGUCAUCAGAGUGGUAGACCAGACUUUACUUGCAAUUUGUUCAACAGAGAGAUUUUAUUUUGAUACAAAUAUUAAACAUAAAGCAUAGUAAGUUUUAUAUCAUUCUAUGAGUUCAUUAAACAAUAUUAUGAGAUUUUCAGUAUGUUUUUGGGGUCUUUUGGCUAUUUCUACCUCUGUACUUUAUUUAGCAUAAUAGCAUGUGGCUGCCUGCCUUAGAAGGAUGUGUGGGAAAGGGAAUCAAUAUUACCUUUUAAGAAAUUUUUGAUUUUUAUGGAAUAAUUGUUUUACUAUUUUAAUGUUUGAAAGUGAAGGGGGGAUGGGUGGCAGAAUACAUACAGUGAUAGCUAUUUACAAAUCUAUCGUAUUUUAAGAUUUUAGAAUUGUGAGCAAGUUCGAGCAAAAAAAGAAAAAAAAAAGUGAUUGUGAAGCCGAAGGCAGCCUCAGCUCUCCCUGGACGGCUGCUGAGAUGCAGGUUGCUGUACCCACCCGCAGGGGGGCCACACAGCUGUCCAGGGAGCGCACUUUGAAGACCACUGGUCUAGAGAAAGUCAGGGGGUUCCUCAUCUCUUUACUCUCGGGUCAUUUUAGUCAUUCUAACACCACAAGUGGCCCAUUCAUGGAAAAAGCUCUCUCUACCUUUGGGGUCUCUGCUGUGUCUCCUUUUUAGGAUGCAGGGGCGCUUUCAUUUCUAGGGUGAGUUUGUUGUUAAGGAUGCAGCUGCCUGGCUGUUGUCUGGAAGCUGUGCAUUUGUGGGAUGUGCUUAGAGUCAACCUUGGUCCCUACACUUGGGGGACAGAAUUGUGGAAAGAAGCCAUCAGAUGCCUCAAGAGUGUGUGUGCACUUACUGGGGCUCUUAGUGCAGGAGUCCCUGUCGUAGGGCAGCAGUGACAUGGAGCAUCAGAAACUUUGGGUAGUCCCCAAUUAAUGGAGUCUAUAGCUUUUCAUCUUUUUUUCUUCUUCGUCUUCUUUGGUAUGUGUGGGGGCGAGGGCAAAGAAUUUACUUUCAUAUUAUAUGUUUCUCAGGUUAACAAAGUUAUUUUGGGUUCUCUGCCAUACCAGCAGGUAGGUGUUAGGGAGAGCAUGGGUGUGUAUGUGGCAGAAAAGAAGCAAUCGUUUCUGAUUCCCUUGCUACCUUGAAGAACUUUGUAUGUUUAUAGAAGAAUUGAGGGGAGCACACCCCCUCCACAGCAUGAGUGACUCCUAAGUCAAAGCAGACAUGGAUGAGCAAGUUAUUUUUGAGAAAGAAACUUCCUACAGCAUAAUAAACCUGACAGGUCUUUGGAUAUUUUCACAUUUGUGUAUUGUGUUUCAUGUUCAGCCUGGGCUGCAGCUCUGUGGGUACUGGGCUCUGCUUCUUGUGUUUAGUUUGGCUUUGAAUUUACUGUUACUAGCAAGAAAAUGAAUCUAUGUUUAAGGUAAUAGAAUGUAGAACGGCAUAGGUGUAGAAGUAUACACAGUGGCCAUCCUAGAACGCACAGUUUUAGAAUUUUUGCCCCCAGUACUUACUACCUGAACGGCCCGGGAAGCUUUGGCUGCAGGUUGCAGGUGUGUGUGUUCAGCACCGCUUCCUCAACGCACCCCCAGCUCAUGAGGGACUUUGGUUUAUUUGCGAUUUGUCUUGCAUGAUAACCCUUUGUAUCUUUAGGGAGGGCAGAGGACUCUUUCAUCCAGGUUGAAGUCCCAAAGUGUCAGUUAUACUUGAGAGUUUCUCCCCAACACCCCUUCCCACACAUACAGAGGAACGGUCCUGGAUUUUCAGGUAUCAGAACCUCACCUGCUCCUAGAAAUCUGUAUAUGACAUUAUGUACAUCAAGUACUGUAUCUGGUUUCUGUGCCCACCAUCUGACCUGAUUCUUUGAAACCCAUAAAGGUACUGGUUAUAUGUGAUAGUUGCAUCCCAGGGGAAUCGAGUGGCUCAAAUACUUUCUCUAAAUUAUAAAGCUAAUGGGGUUUGCAUUUUAGUAGAGUCCUAAUCGUUAGUGACACAGGAUCUUUCUUUUUAAUGUUUAAAAAAAAAAUACAAUUCUCUAAAUGUGGUCAGUGGUGGAUAGGAUCAGUCACGUGGUAGAUUCAUUCUGGGUCUUCUAUUGGAAAAGCCUUCAUAAGGGAGGCCAUAUAUAAAACCACCCUGGUCCAUUUGUGUUACAAGCACCACGUAUGCAGCAUCUAAUUAAGCAUAAUCUACAGCAAAAGUAAUAGCAAUGACUAUGUUCCUUUGCAGUAUAUCAUACCUCAUCUGGGAGGCCCUAUUACCUGAAGAGUUUGUUCUUAAAAGUGAAGAUGAUUUUGUACAUUAAGAUAAGCCCCAAAGCUGUCCUCCAAGGCUUUUCUUUUCUCCUUUCUUAACCUUUCCUCACUUGGAUAUUGGAGUCCCUUAGCUUAUGCUACUUCCUAAAGACAUGUUUUGAGCCCGGGAGUCUAUGGUGUGAUCAUUGUCAGUGAAGUUCUUUUGUUUUAAAAGAUUCAUGGUAACACAAAAUGUAUUUUACUGCUACAACUAAAAUGUAUUUAUAAUAAAAUGCCUUUUUAACAA